AUGGAUGAAUUUCUAGUGAAUUACGCUCCAGAUGAGCAUCAAUAUGAAGUGCCUCUACGACUCGAACGCUUAGAAAAGCUAAAUGAAGCGUUCGAGAUGAUCCAGUCCGAAUACGAACAGCUAGAUGAUAGCGAGCAGUUUUUAAUUGCGAACAUGGAAUGUCGAGCAAAAAUAGAAGAGCAGUAUAUUCGCAUCAAAGCCAGCCUGAUCUCAAAGAUGCCCCAGCCAGUCCCCGUUCAUGUUGCGCAAACUUCAGCUUCAGAACCCCAGCUCAUCCCGUCCGGUCUAGCAAAUGUGAAAUUGCCAACGAUAACGCUGCCAGAAUUUGAUGGAGAUUUCAACAAUUGGCUGACGUUCCACGAUACGUUCGUUUCGAUGAUUCAUGCCUCAACAGAAAUAUCUUGUGUGCAGAAGUUCCAUUAUCUCCGUGCGGCCUUGAAGGGAGAGGCUGCCAAUCUGAUCCAGUCUAUUACCAUUACUGCAGCAAAUUAUUCGGUGGCAUGGGAUACCCUUGUCAAGCGCUAUUCCAAUAAGGCAAUACUACGCAAGAAGCACAUUCGAGCGCUUUUGAAAUACCCGAAGAUCCUGAACAGUAACGUCGAUGCUCUGCAUAAAAUCGUGGACGACUUUCAACGUCAUGUAAAGGUGCUGCAGCAAUUAGGCGAACCCGUUGAACAUUUCAGUUCUAUACUGAUAGAGCUUUUGGAAGAUAAGCUGGAUGACGCAUCAUUGCAGGCAUGGGAGGAAUCAGUGUCAUCGGAGGAACAACCCACGUACACUAAGUUGAUUGAAUUUUUGCUAAAGAGAACCCGUGUACUAGAGAACAUUCUCAUCAACCGUCCCCAACACGCCAACCCCAAGUCCGGUGGCCAGCAUUCAGGAAAUAAGAAACCCUUCCAGUUCCGCGUGAACACAAAUGCCAUGACCGAAGCUGCUCCGAAGAUGUUCCCGCCCUGUCCCGCUUGUGAAAGAGACAAACAUCCCAUGGUUGAAUGUCCUGUUUUUAACGGAUUAGACGUAAAAGGCCGUCUUAAAGUGCUUACCGAUAAAAAACUGUGCAGCAACUGCUUUCGAAGUGACCAUUUUGCCCACUUCGUAAGGGUAAAGGGGAACUACGGGGCUAGUGCAACGAUCCUCGACGAAAACGAUGUGAUUCGGAUGGACGGGCAUACGGAGAAAAUUGAAUUCUUACCAUUCGAUCUGCGCUUUCCGGUGGUUCUAUCGAGAGACCACCAUGUGAUUGAGUUGAUAGUGCAGCACUAUCACGAGUGCUUCGGGCACGGCUAUCGAGAGACAGUUAAAAACGAGAUUCGGCAGCGGUUCUACAUUCCGAAAGUCGGUACGGUGGUGUAA